GGGAAUUCUAUCCCAAACGAAAUACGAGUAUAUGAGCAAUCCGGGUCGGUCACUUCUUCAACUGGAUUUCAUCGUUCACUUCUUCAACUCACAACGGAUUUCCAACUGAUUUCAGCGUUCUUGAACGAUUCCGGUUGUUCUCGGAGGAGCAAAAUGGAACUAUUUAAACGUGAUUUCCAACUGAUUUCAUCGUCCACUUCCGCCCCCCAUUCGCGUCCACCAAUAUGGAUGUUCAGUUCUACCCCAAGGCAAAGGGGAGAGUUACUACACGCAACUCUUUCCAGAAGCUCACUCUGAGUGAUGGGGCGGAGGCGGCCGCCGCCGGAAACGACAGAAGUUUCAGGAGAAGGAAGAGGUCAGCCAAGUUUUACCCCGGCCUUCAGAAGAUGCGGGCAAUUGCUUAUCCCGAGGGCGGACAGGAAGAAACCGAGUCAGAAAAUUCAGAUUCAAGUCCCGAAGAUUCAAGUUCCCAAGUUUCAAGUUCGGGAGGACCCCAUGCAGAAGAGUUGUCAGAAGAAGAAGACGCUCCAAGAUCAAAAUUCUUAACUUCAAUUUGUACACUCCUUCUUAUUUGGCUAGUUUUAGUUAUGGCAGUCUUUCUUUCACUCAACUAGAGCAGAAGAUGCUCCCAGGCCUUUUGCACUGCAUUCCUAUUCCUCCUAGGCCGGAAGCAGUCAAGUUUCAGUCAUCCAGAAGUAUAUAGUCUGAUAACAUGAUCUAGUCUUUCUAUUUGAUUUGUAAUCAAUCAUACUGUCGUGUUAAUAUGCUAGUUACUUGAGUACGUUUUCGAUAAGGCAUUUGUUCAGACCAUGCUGUUGUGUAAAUUCUUUCAUAUAAUACUAAGCUGGUGAUCAUAUUGUUUUCCAUCUUACACUUUCAUUUAAAACUCAUUAUAAUUGCUAGCUCACAUUCCCA